AUUUUUAUACCCACGCCGCUCUAAAGUCUCUGCGAAACUGCACACAUUCGGUCGCUGUCGCCUCAAUCUGCUACAGAAUUGCUAUCUAUCCAUUGAGACCCCUGCCAAACGCCCGCCAUUGCUAGGACAGCCCCACCAUCGCCUCGGUCGCCUUUGACGUGCACACAGCAACGCGCCUGAACCGCCAGCACCUUAUAUACGCUGUCGCCGCACAUAUAAAGGCCUCACGUGCUCCGUCGACCAACGCCUAUCAUCGCAACGCUCCGCGGUUGCCUCUCGACAAAACCUGCCCCACUCUGCGCUCGUCUUUAAUCGACCCCACCUUGUCCUCAUUCAAGCUUCAUACAAGCUUCGCUCGAUACACAAGCACACGACCAGCACAACAUACAAAGAUGGCUUCUACAUCAGCUGCAGCAGGACUGCUGUCUCGCCAGCUCAAGCAAAUGCAAAAUGACAAGAGCAUAUCAGGCAUCAGCUGCGGUCUGGCGGACAACAAUGUCUUCGAGUGGGAAGUCAUGCUGAUGAUCGACGACGACACAAAGUUCUACGGAGGUGGUUUCUUCCGCGCACGACUGAACUUCCCUCCCGAAUAUCCACUGCUACCACCGAAAAUGCGCUUCGAGACACCCAUCUUCCACCCAAACAUCUACCAGAACGGCGAGGUCUGCAUCUCGAUCCUGCACCCACCCGAAGAAGAUAAGUACGGCUACGAGUCAGCUGCAGAGCGCUGGUCACCCGUCCAGACACCCGAGACCAUCCUACUAUCCGUCAUUUCGAUGCUGUCGAGUCCGAACGACGAGUCACCGGCCAAUGUCGAGGCCGCAGCGCUGUGGCGGGAGAACACACCCGAGUUUAAGAAGCGCGUGAGGAAGUGUGUGCGAGACAGCCUGGAAUUCGAGUAGAUUGACUGCCUCAGUGGUAUGGGACAAGAGGACUGAGAAGAGAAGACAAGGAGUGCAGAGCGGGCACACGAACACAUUUGGCAUCUCUGAUUACUUGAUCGUUCAGGCGUGCAUGGUGGGACUUUAGGCAUGGUUUGCUUAGCG